AUGUUGGAGGGUCUUGUUGCGAACCUACUCAACCGGUUCUUGGGCAUGUACGUCAAGAACUUCGAUGCGAAACAGCUUAAUAUCGGUAUUUGGUCUGGUGAUGUGAAACUACGCAAUCUCGAACUACGUCGGGAAGCCCUCGAUCAGCUUCGCCUCCCCUUGAACGUCGUCGAAGGUCAUUUGGGUGAACUCACAUUAUCCAUCCCAUGGUCGAACUUAAGAGGAAAGCCAGUCAAGGUCGAUAUUGAAGAUGUCUUCCUGCUGGCGGCGCCCAAGGAAGAUGCGGACUACGACGCCGAAGAAGAAGACAAGCGGGCGCAUACAUUGAAGAUGGAAAGAAUUGAAGGUGCUGAGAUUCUUCGCGAGCGCAAUGCGGAGGGCAUGAGUCAAGAAGAACAGCGCCGCAAUCAGAGUUUCACACAAAGCAUGGUUACAGCCGUGGUUGAUAACCUGCAGAUAUCGAUUAAGAAUGUGCACAUCCGUUACGAAGAUUCCAUUUCCUCGCCUGGUCAUCCAUUCGCCGUGGGAAUAACACUGAAGGAGCUUAGUGCCGUCAGCACCGACUCCGAAUGGAACCCAACUUUCAUCCAAUCUACAUCUGACACUACACACAAGUUGGCGGUUCUCGGCGCAUUGUCAGUUUACUGGAAUACCGAUGCGACUCUCUUGGGAACUGGCCGUGGCUCUGAUAUCGGUGCCGAGGCACAGGGUAUCGAGCAUGAUGACUUGAUGGCCAAGUUGCGCGAUACCAUUGACAACGGUGAUGGUAAUCAAUUCAUGCUUCGCCCCGUCAGUGGACGUGCAGGCCUUGAAAUGGAUAAAUCAGGCAAAUAUGAUCGCCCAGCUAUGAAAGCGCGACUACUCUUCGACGAGCUCGGUUUCGUGUUGGACGAUAACCAGUACCGUGAUGCUCUCAUGCUGGUGGAUCUUUUCCAUUAUUUCAUCCGUCAUCAAGAAUAUAAGAGAUUCCAGCCCAAGAUCUCGGUUAAAGAGGAUCCUAGAGCUUGGAUGAAAUUCGCCGGAGAUGCAAUUCUGAGCAAGAUUCAUGAUCGCAACCGACGAUGGACCUGGGGCUUCAUCAAGGAGCGCAGAGAUAACCGCAUUGCAUACAUCAGAUUGUUUAAGAAACAAAAGAGAGAGGAAGCAUUUACGCCGGAAGAGACUGAAGAGUUAGACAAGCUAGAGAGAAAGCUUAGCUACGAGGAUAUUCGAUUCUGGCGAUCGCUUGCCCGAAACCAGCUUCGCAAAGAAAACGUUGGUACCAAGAAGCCUGCCCAGCAACAGACAUGGGGUGAAUGGAUCUGGGGCGCCAAGAAAGAGGAGUCGGAGGAACCGACGAUGACCGAAGAGCAACGUCAGGAGUUGUAUAGUGCCAUUGACUGGGACGAGAAGAAGGCUCUCUCAGAGAGUGUCGAUGUUCCUCGUGAAUGGGUUAAGCUUCAAGUCAACUGGAGUCUGCGGGCUGGUAGCUUUACACUUUUAAGAGACCCCCAUGGCGCAGCAAACGAGGUUAUGAAACUAGUGUUCGACAACUUCCGUGCCAAGGCUCUCCAACGUCCUGAUUCCUAUCUUCUGGAUCUUGAUCUUGGUGGCCUGAAGAUGUACGACGGUACUACCCCGGGCACCCUCUAUCCUCAAAUCGUUAAGGUCAAAGAUUCUCUACCGGAACCUACAAAGGAGAAGAGAAUCAUAGAUGACGAAGAGCUCGGUUCAGUCACUAGUGCAGAUGAUAUCGUGGAUGAAGACAGCUUGUUCCACUUACAACUAGAAAAGAAUCCUCUGGAGAGCGAUGCGGACUCGGCGGUUAAGGUCAAGCUGAAGAGUAUUGAAGUCAUAUACAAUCCUAGAUUCCUAGUUGGGAUCGUCAAAUUUUUCGAACCACCGGAGCGACACAUGGAGUCGAUCGGUGCACUUUUGGAUACAGCCGGAGCUACCGUUGAAGGUCUGCGACAGCAAACUCGAGCGGGUCUGGAGUUUGCUUUACAAGAGCACAAGAAGGUUGAUGCACAAUUUGAUGUUCAUGCGCCCUUGAUCAUUGUGCCAGAGAGUAUCACGCAUGAGAGCUCUCUUUGUCUGAUUCUUGAUGCCGGUCAUGCUAGUGUCAACAGUGAACUGGUAGAUCGACAAGCUAUGCGAGACCUCCAGUCCAAGCAGAAGCGGCAAUACGAAGAGGAAGACUAUAAACAGCUGGAGCACCUGCUUUACGAUCGCUUCCUCAUCAAGUUGGACUCGACUCAACUUCUGAUUGGUCCUGGCGUGGAAGCGACCAAGGCUCAGCUUGCGUCUGAUGUUGAGUCCAAGAACUUCCAUAUCGUCGACCGUAUCAAUGUUGAUUUUGUUCUGGAAAUGUGUAUUGUGCCGAAGGUGACGCAACUCACUCGCACUCGCAUAUCAGGAAACUUACCAGAGCUGCAUGCAUCUAUGUCGGAUACCAAAUAUAAGGGAUUGAUGAAAUUAAUCGAUAUUGCGAUCCCGCAGUUUGACAGUGCUCCAACUCCUUCGGACCCGAAAGAGGCCAAAGCUAUCGAAGAGAAGGCCACAGUCAAUCGGGCUAGAUCCGCUUCUUUCCAGCCUCCAGCCUUGAGGGACCUCCCUGUUGUGGACGACGAAUUUGAGAGAGACUCAGAGAAUGACAAUAUGAAGAAAAGCCUGGAGUCAACGAACAAUAUUCAUCGCCGAGACUUUGAAUUUAAAUUCAACGUUGGUCGAUUGCGUGGCUCCCUUUUCCGAUCUGAUUCACAAGACCCCCUCAAAGAUCAAUUGCUGGUUGAGCUGGUUGCCGAGGGCUUUGAGCUUGACUUCUACAUGCGUCCUUAUGACAUGGUCGCCGAGGUUGUACUUAAAUCUCUGAGUGUGGACGAUUACAUUGAAGAAAGCCCACUCCCCGAAUUUAAGAGGAUAAUUUCAUCAAAGGGCUUCGAUGCAGACGAAGAAAAGGAUCUCUUCCACUUGAAGAUGGUUCGUGUGAAGCCCGAGUCGCCAGAAUUCGAAUCUACUUACGAAGGAGUGGCAAUGAACUUGGACAUCUCGGUGUCAACCAUUAAUCUCGUUGUGACGAGGAAGACACUAUUGACACUUUUGGAUUUCAUUCUUCUUACCUUUACCAACCCGGAGCAGCCGGCCAACCCAGACUCCCAAGCGGAUGACAAGGCCUUACAAGCAACAAAUGAUACUGAUCAACCACCCCAAGCAGCUGGCAAGAUUCGCAUUAAAUCCAACCUCAAGAGUAUUGCUCUGAUCCUCAACAACGAUGGCGUUCGAUUAGCAACUCUUAGUCUUAAAACUGCCGAUGUUGGAAUCUUCCUUGUUGGCCGGUCCAUGAUCAUUCAGUCUCGCAUUGGCAGCUUGACCCUGGUCGACGAUGUGAACCUUGGUGCAUCUGAAACCUCCGAUGUCCGACGCCUCCUUACAAUCGAGGGUGACAAUUUUGCGGAUUUCAAAUACGAGACCUUUGACCCUGAAAGCGAGACCUACCCUGGGUACGAUUCGGAGGUCUACCUGCGCUCUGGCUCUAUUAAGAUCAACUUCCUGGAGGAGCCAUAUCGGAAAAUCAUCAAUUUCUUGGUUAAAUUUGGCAAGAUGCAAGCAAUCUUCAAUGCAGCCCGUCAAGCUGCUGCGAACCAAGCCAAUCAACUUCAAGAGAACGCAUCCCGAAUGCGGCUUGACAUUGUGGUCAAAACACCCAUUUUGGUGUUUCCCCGAGUCAUGGCGGAUGACCGUCCUAGAGAUAUAAUCACAGCACAUCUUGGUGAAAUUUAUGCCAAGAACGAAUUCGUGCCCAUGGAGGAGGGCAAGGAUGGCCCAGCCGUGAAUGUGAUAUCUACUGGUGUCCGAAAUAUUCGUUUGACAUCCAAGUUCCAUUUCGAAGAUGGCACGGAAGAGGAGCUUGAGAUGAUUCAGAAGGUUAAUCUCGACUUCAGCAUCUGCUAUCUGGAGCACCAGACCAACAAUGCUCGCCCAGAUAUGGAAAUUGAAGGUUCUUUGUCUCCCAUCAACCUUCGUAUCUCCCAGAGCCAGUUGAAGUUCUUGCUCGCAUUAUCAAAGUCCAUCCCAGGUGCCUUUGCAACAGACUCCGAGCAACAGGAACUGGAGGCUUUGGAAUCUCUGCCUUCCUCAGUGACGGAGCCCACCACUACUUCCAAGGCCGUUCAAGCCCAGGAGCAGAACGCAGUAGCGGCUGAUAAUAGCGGUAGCAAAGAAACAUGGGUUCGACUGGACAUGAUCUUUAAGGUCGACAGUGUUGGAUUGGAGCUUAUCUUAGCAAAUGACAAUCAACCCGUUGGUCGCUUGGAAGAUUCGAGCUUGUCAAAGUUCUCUCUGAAUGACACUAGAGUCAAACUUCGCAUGUUGACAGAUGGCUCGCUGGAGUCUGAGCUUCUCAUCCACUCGUUCUCUAUUCGCGACAGUCGCCGCCAGGACUCCAAUAAAUUCCGAAACAUCAUGUCUUUGAUCAACAACGAUGUACAGCAACAGUUCAUGGCUAGCGUAACAAAGUCACCUGGGCCGGCAAAGCAUAUGAUGGCUAUUUUGACCAUCGAUAGCCCCCGGAUCAUGUUCGCUUUGGACUACUUGUCUGCCUUGCAAUCUUUCAGCAACUCCGCCUUUGCUUCGGAUAGCCCUGCAGAGAUUGUGGAAGAGGAGCCAGAAUUAGACGAAGACUCAGAGGUUGGAUCCGAUUCUGCCAAGUCAGACAAAGCCACAAACGAGACCGCUGGAGACGCUGCGGCCACUUCAACGACUGUCUCAUUCCGUGUCAACUUGGUCGAUGCCCAGGUCAUUAUGGUUGCCAAUCCUGCCAUUCCCCAUUCUGAAGCCAUUGUUCUGGGUACUAAGGAGAUACUGGUCUCCCAGCAAAAUGUUUCGACUCUACAGGUUCAAAAGCUUGGCAUGUUUCUCUGCCGCAUGGACAAGUUCGAAACAAGCCGUCUUCGCAUUCUUGACGAUUUCACAGUUGAAAUGUCGAUUGAUAGCCGGGCACAAGAAAAGGGAUCUGCACUCACGUCUAUUAACGUGCACUGUGAACCCCUCGUUCUGAGAUUGUCGUUGCGUGAUAUCUUGAUGGCAAUCCAAAUUGUCAACAAGGCUUCUGAACUACGAGCCCAGAAUGCGCAGCAAAUUGAAGGUGGCGAAGCUAAGAAAAUUGCCGAUGCCAAAUCCGCAAGAGGCCGAUCUGGUAGCAAGACAUCCUCAACACUGGCCCACAGACCUCGCCGCCGUGUCAGCCAGACUACUGACACAGCAGACAAACCUGAAUUGCCCCGGAGCUCGGCUGUUCUCAAGCGUGAGGAAUUGGCUGCCAACGUCGAUGGUCUCCGUGUUAUCCUCAUUGGUGACCUGCAUGACUUGCCAUUGCUUGAUUGGAGUGUCAAAAAGUUCAACGUCGAUAUUCGUGACUGGUCAUCGAAUUUGAGUGUCGAUACGAACUUUGAAACCUUCAUCAAUGUCUUCAAUUUCUCCAAGUCAGCAUGGGAGCCGUUGAUUGAACCUUGGCAACUCGGAUUCCACGUGGCGAAAGAAACCAACCCGGAUGUCUUCUCGAUUGAUGCUUAUUCCCACAAGAAUAUGGAGCUCACAAUGACAUCGGCCACCAUUGCCCUUGCCUCGAAGUCCUUCCAAUUCCUUAAUACGGACGAGGAUGUGCUUUCCAAGCCUCGUGGCGCAGAUGCACCUUACAGAAUCCGCAACUACACUGGUUUUGAUCUUCGUGUCUGGGCUGAUAUCAGCUCAGGCGAGGACGGCCCCGCUGCGAAGUUGACAGACGGAGAGGAAUAUCCUUGGCGAUUCGAGGAGUCCACAGCUAUCCGAGAGACUCUUUCCCCUGAAGGUCAAGGCGGUAUAGUCGGAAUCAAACUUGAAGGAAGUGGAUUCGAUAGCAUCAACCGCAUUCCUGUCGUACGAGAGGGCGAAGUCCUGUACAAUUUGAAGCCCAAGCGCGAUAAUAUUCUGCAUCGACUUCUCGUGGAAGUAAAACUCGGAGCCGACAAUGUCAAGUACAUUACUUUCCGCUCGCCGCUGCUUGUUGAGAACAACACCCAGAUCCCCGUGGAACUUGGAGUGUAUAGCCCUGAUGAAGGCCACCUUCUGAAGAUCGAGAAGAUUCUGCCAGGUGAUGCUCGACCAGCACCAGUUGGCUCAGCAUUCCUCCAUUCGGUUGUGAUUCGUCCUGAUCAAGGCUUUGGAUACGAUUGGUCCAAUGAAAAACUAUUCUGGAAGGAACUCAUUCGUCGCCCAACACGAACUGUGAAGUGUGUUAGCGACAGUGGUCAAUCAUCGCCUCCCUUCUACUUUCAAGUCAAUGCAACUUUUGACGGCAAGGACUCGACGACGAACGCUUAUCCUUACAUGAGGAUUCGCAUAUUUGCGCCCGUGGAAAUCCAGAACUUGCUGCCUUAUGACUUCAAGUAUCGCAUCUACGACAAGAACACGAAGAAGGACUGGACGAACUUUUUGAGAAAGGGUGGCGUUAGCCCCGUUCAUGUUGUUGAGCUAUCCCAUCUCCUUCUGCUUAGCAUUGAUCUUGAAGAUACCGUUUUCAAACAAAGCGAGUUCGCAAUUGUCAAUGGAAAUUCCCAAGAUUACCGCCGAGAGCAUACAUUGUCUCUGAAAGACGAAAGGGGCCUCCAGCUGAAAUUGAAACUUCACUACUUCAAUAUUCCCGAUAGUGGUGGUGCUUUCAAGGUCUCAGUCUAUAGUCCUUACCUUCUUUUGAACCAGACUGGUCUUCCUAUGGAUAUACAAAGCAAAGCUUUCCUCCAGUCUGCCCGCAAUGCUGCUGGCCAAGGCCUCAGAGUUGACCCGAGGGAUGGCGGCCGAGCCCUGCCGUACAUGUACUCCUAUGGAAACGAUGAUCAAAAGAAUCGAUCUAUCCUCAAGGUCGGCGAAUCUUCCUGGAGCAAGCCGCAAAGUUUCGAGGCUCUUGGUAGUACCUUCGAGGUUAUUUUCCCCGAUCGAGCAGGCCGAUCUGAAUUCCACUCUGGUGUCUCUGUUGUCGAAGGCGAAGGAAAAUACAAGAUGACUAAAGUUGUCACGAUCGCGCCCAGGUUUAUCUUGAAGAGCAAGCUCAACGAAGAUCUUUUGGUCCGCGAGCCUGGAUCAUCAAACGUCCUCGAGGUUAAGAGUGGAGAGCUGGUUCCACUUCAUUUCCUUAAACAAGUCCAUGAGAAGCAGCUCUGUAUGUGUUUCCCUGGAAUGAACAACCAGUGGUCUUCGCCCUUCAACAUCGCCGACGUUGGAACUGUUCACGUCAAGUUGGCCAAGUCAGCAAACCAGCGUCAAAAGUUGAUCAAGGUUGAUGUCGUCUUGGAAGGGGCAACCCUGUUCCUGCAUCUUAGUUUUGAGACGCGCAACUGGCCAUUCUCGAUGCGUAAUGAAAGUGACAUGGAAUUUAUCUUCUACCAGGCUAACCCUAAUGUGGAUGAUGAUGAAGAAGAUCAUUCAAGUGGCUGGCGCCCUAUACGAUACCGUCUACCGGCUCGCAGUAUCAUGCCUUAUGCUUGGGAUUACCCAGCAACAAAGAACAAAUCCCUUGUUUUGACAUGCCAAGGCAAGGAGAGGCAUAUUAAACUGGCUGAGAUUGGCAACUUGAUCCCAAUGCGCAUUCCACCAUCGAGACCUGGUGAAUACCAGAGAAUCGUCGAUAUCAACAUUGUGGCUGAUGGUCCUACCCAGACACUUGUUCUGACCAACUUCAAGCCUUCUAAGAGUAUCUACAAGCAACAGAAGAACCAGUCUUCGCAGACUAGUGUGAGUACUGGAUUUGAAGUCAAGGAGAUGGACUCCGAUGUCAACUUCAAAGCUCAACUUCGAUUGGCCGGUAUUGGUAUCUCUCUCAUCAACCAGAACCUGAAGGAACUCCUUUAUCUCACUUUCCGUGAGAUUGAGAUAAAGUACCGAGAGUCCAGAAUCUACCAGACUCUGAACACUACCAUCAAAUGGAUUCAAAUUGACAACCAAUUGUAUGGUGGUAUUUUCCCAAUUCUUCUUUAUCCCAGUGUGGUCCCCAAGACUGGCAAGGAAAUGGAGGCACAUCCAAUCUUCCACGCUAUGGUCACCAGAGUGAAGGAUGAUUCCUAUGGUGUGAUUUACAUCAAGUAUGCUACACUGCUUCUACAGCAAAUGACACUCGAAUUGGACGAGGACUUUGUUUUUGCUAUGCUUGAUUUCGCCAAGAUUCCUGGUGCAUCCUGGACCGAAGAGCAAGAGGGCAAGCUAUGUGAUGAGAAUCUAAAUAUCCCAGAGCCCCAACAAAGCGAGGCAGGUCAGGAUGUGUACUUUGAACUUCUUCACUUGCAACCUAUGCAAUUGGAUAUCUCUUUCAUGCGGACAGAGCGAGUCAAUGCCGAGGAUGGUGCCAUGCAGCCAUCCAACCCUCUUAUGUUCGUCGUUAACGUUAUGACCAUGUCAAUGGGUAAUGUCAACGAUGCACCCAUCCGUCUGAAUGCUUUGAUGUUGGAGAACGCUCGUGUUUCGUUCGGAAGACUCGCCAGCAAUGUGCGUGCUCAUUAUACACAAGAAUUUGUGCGCCAAGUGCACAUUAUUCUGGGAUCUGCCGAUUUCUUGGGUAACCCUGUUGGCUUGUUCAACACCGUCAGCUCAGGCGUUGCAGAUAUAUUCUACGAACCCUACCAGGGAUUGGUCAUGACUGAUCGACCUCAAGAGCUGGGCGUUGGCAUCGCUAAGGGUGCCACUAGCUUUGUCAAGAAAUCCGUCUUCGGUUUCUCGGACAGUAUGGCUAAGCUCACUGGAAGUAUGUCAAAGGGUCUUGCUGCUGCUACCCUCGAUAAGGAAUUCCAAGACCAGCGCCGUAUGUCUAAGUCUCGAAACCGCCCAAAGCAUGCUCUCUACGGAAUAACAGCUGGUGGAAACGCGUUCGCAAAUAGCUUGGCCAGUGGUAUUGGCGGUUUGGCCCGCCACCCACUCCAAGGUGCCGAGAAAGAAGGAAUGGCAGGAUUUUUCAAGGGUGUAGGUAAAGGUGUAUUGGGUCUUGCCACAAAACCUGCUAUCGGAGCCUUUGACCUUGCCUCCAACCUUGCAGAGGGUGUUCGAAACACCACCACAGUCUUCGAUGCAGAAGGUCUUGAUCGUGUCAGACUCACACGUUUCAUCGGUACAGACGGCAUUGUUCGUCCUUACUCUCAGCGUGAAGCCCUCGGCCAGUUCUGGCUGAAGACUACCGAUGAUGGCAAGUUUUUCAGUGAGGACUACAUUGCACACCUGGAACUUCCAGGCCGAGACAUGCUGGUCAUGUUGACUUAUGCGCGCAUUAUGCUCGUGCGCACCAAGAAGCUCUAUACCGAAUGGGAUAUUCGUCUCACCGAUAUUCAAACGAUCUCCAAGGAGCGAACUGGCAUGAGUAUCACUCUCAAGGGUGGUGCAAAUGGACCUUUCAUACCUGUUCAAGAUGAGAGUUCUCGGAAUUGGCUGUACAGACAAAUUGCUGUUGCGGUUAAUGCCUUUAACGAGAAGUAUAAUGUUCGAGGAUAG